CUCUUUCUUCCUUUUAUCCUUCACUGCAGUCACGGCCGUCGAUUAGAUCAUCUCCAUGAACUACUGAGCCAGUGAUUCUUCUCUUUUCAUUUAGUUUCUCUUACCUUACUCUCUAGCGAUGGCUUACUACGAUAGCCGACCACCAUACCCUCCCGCAGAGUAUCCCGAGACGCCCUACUAUUACGGGACCACGCACGGCGGGAGUCACUCCACGGCUGUCAUGCCACAUGCCAACCCCGCCCCCACUGGCGGAACCAGGGACGCAUACUACCGAGACCAUCCUGCGAGAGACGCAUACGAAUAUGGGCACGGCGACUACGACUCGAAGCGCUCACGCAAGAGCCGUCACAAGGCACACUCGGCAGAUCACUACGACGACCCGUACGACGGAUACGAGUCGCGCUCCCGACGAUCCAGACAUCAUGAUGAGCGGCGCCGUGAAAAGUACGACUAUUCGCCGUCAAGUAGCCGCUCGCCGCCCCGUCGUCGAAGAUCCUUGUCAGAGCGUGCACUCGGCGCCCUUGGUCUAGGAGCUGGGGCUGCUUCGGCGGGAUCCAAGCAUCGCGACAACGAGCGCGGCCGUUCCCGUGGCCGCCACCACAGAUCUUACUCGUAUUCGCCAUCUCCCUCCCGUGGAGGUCACCACCACCACCGCGACAAGAGCGAGGCGCGCAUCGCCCAAGCAGUUAAGGCCGCUCUAGCUGCUGGGGCAAUUGAGGCGUUUCGCGCACGCAAGGAACCCGGUGAAUGGUCCGGUGCUAAAGGAAAACGCGUUCUGACCGCUGCGCUGGCUGCUGGAGGCACCGAUGGCAUAGUUGACCGGAACCCUGACAAACACUCCAAACGCCAUAUCCUUGAAUCUACGCUUGCUGGCCUCGCUACAAACCGUGUCGUCAAUGGAUCACGCUCUCGUUCGAGAUCUCGUAGACGCUCUCGCUCCCGUUCCCGCUCCAAGGGCCGAGGCAAGGCCAAGGACGCCGCCAUUGCGGGCAUCCUAGCUGCUGCAGGGAAGGAGGCCUACGAUCGGUUCCAAAAGUCCCAUUCCCGAUCUCGGCCUCGUCACCGCUCCAACUCUAGAGAUAGCUACGACAGUUACGGGUCUCGUCCUCGCCACAAGCGGAGCAAGAGCGUUUCUGACUAUAUCAACAAAGGUAUGGCAGCUCUGGGCCUCGACGAUAAGAGUGACCGGAGCGACAAGGAUGAUCGGCGCCGUCGUCACCACCGAUCUUCACGGUACGAUGAUUACUCGGAUGAUGGCUACAGUAGUGACGAAUAUUAUCGCCGCCAUCCGAGCCCGCCGCGGACAAGGCAUUCCAGAGAUGUGAGUCGAGCUUAUUACCUCCCCGAGCCGGGAGCCAGAGCCGAAGGGAACUACGAUCAGACGACCGUGGGGCACUACUCGCGCCCUGGCUCCCAAAGCACAAGCACACAAGACCAAUCACGCGAUACAAAGCAGAUUGAUUCUGACACGGAUGACAGUACCGAUGAUCGCAAGAAACUCAGCAAACUUAAUCGGGAGACACUAUGGGCUACCGGCCUCGCGGCCGCGGCAACUAUCCACGCAGCUCAUUCCCUAACCGAAAGCAUGGAAAAACACAAAGAACGCGCAAAGCAGGUGAGAGAGGGUGAGAUGUCAAGAGAGGAGGCCCGCCACCGCCGACGAAAGAACCAGCUCUCCGACAUCGCCAGUGUCGGGGUUGCCGCCCUGGGUAUCAACUCCGCCAUAGCAGAAUGGAGAAACUUCGACCACAAACGCCGUGAGCGAGCUGAGAUGCAUAAAGUCUGUAAAGAACGCUCCAAGUCAAUGUCGAAGGGCCAUUCCCGCUCCAACUCGCGCUCCCAUUUUGAUUCGUAUUCCCGCCCACAACGCACCCAGAGCUUAAACCACCAAACGCCAAGGACGAUCUAUCCUGACGAAGUUGAAGAGAAUUGGUCCGUUUCUGACAGACGCUCCAUGCGUGGGCGGUCUCCUGGCGUGAUGAUCUAACUGCAUUUUAAAUACCUUUCAUGCGUUCUUUCUCUUCUUGCAACUGUCUGAUAUUACAUGAUUUUGACCAUGACUCAUGAUCCCAUGACUCUUACAUGAAAAAUGAAUUGUGAAUGACCCGCCACGACCACGAACGACCUUACUGACCUUAUGACAUUUAUGUUGAACCUUUCUACAGACUGUCAUUAAUACAACCUGACUUCUGUUACAAUCUUGUGUUCCAUGCUCUUGCGUCCAUUGAUUCCGGGUUGAUUUCUUGUGCUUCUAUAAUGCUUCUGUAUUGCCAUACAUGAUAAAUGCUUUGAAAGCGAUUUACAUUAGGUAAA